CCCUCUCCUGAUUGUGUCCUGGGCGGAUGGGGCAGGAACUGCCAGUGGGAAACGCAGCCAUUCCUUUUCUCGGCAGGCAGGAAGAAGGGAGUUCCUGGCACAGCGGCCGCGCUCCAGAGCCACCCUUGGCCGGGACGCUCCGGCCUGAGCCAUGGGGAACUUUCAGGGGGGGCUCUCCCUGACCCCCAGCAGUAGCCGCAACCUGUGCUCUCGCCAUCGCCCCUCGCUCUCCGAAGAAAGCGACCCUGCCAACAAGGCCAGGCCUGAGCAGAGCAGUUGCCCAGCUGAGCGCCCAACCGAAGCCCCCAAAUACUCUCGGAUCAAGAACUGGCAGACGGGCAGCAUCCUGUACGACACCCUCAGUGCUCAGGCUAUACAGGAAACGCCAUGCCAGGAGAAGCGCGGCUGCUGCAUGGGCUCCGUCAUGUUCCCCAAGCAACUCUUUGCCACCUCCGAGGGCCCCCGGGGCAAGGAGGGGCUUCUGGGCUUGGCCCGCAGCUUCAUCCACCUGUACUACAGCUCCAUGAAACGCUCGGAGUCCCAGGCCCACCUGCAGCGCCUGCAGGAGGUCGAGCAGCAGAUUGCAGAAACCGGCACCUACCAGCUGCAGGAGGCCGAGCUGAUCUUCGGAGCCAAGCAUGCCUGGCGCAACGCAGCCCGCUGCGUGGGCCGGAUCCAGUGGAACAAGCUCCAGGUGUUGGACGCCAGAGACUGCACCAAUGCCCAGGAAAUGUUCACCUCCAUCUGCAGCCACAUCAAUUACGCCACCAAUCGUGGCAACCUGCGGUCAGCAAUCACUAUCUUUCCGAAGCGGAUUGCCGGCCGUGGCGACUUCCGCAUCUGGAACCAGCAGCUGAUCCGCUACGCUGGCUACAAGCAGCCCGAUGGCGCCGUGCUGGGAGACCCGGCCUCGGUGGAAGUCACGGAGCUCUGCAUCCAGUAUGGAUGGCGGCCCCCUUACGGACGCUUCGACGUGCUCCCCCUCUUGCUGCAAGCCCCCGGUGAGGACCCCGAAGUCUUUCCUCUGCCGGCCGAAUUGGUCCUGGAGGUGCCCAUCAGUCACCCCACGCUGAAGUGUUUCGAAGAGAUGGCGCUGCGCUGGUACGCCCUCCCUGCGGUGGCCAACAUGCUCCUGGAGAUUGGGGGGCUGGAGUUCCCGGCCGCACCCUUCAGCGGCUGGUACGUCGGCUUCGAGAUCGGCAUGCGCGACUUCUGCGACUCCCAGCGCUACAACCUCUUGCAGGAGCUAGCCGAGCGCAUGGGCCUGGACACGGGCACGACCCUCUCCCUGUGGAAGGACAAGGCGGCCGUGGAGAUGAACGUGGCCGUCUUGCACAGUUUCCAGCUCGCCAAAGUGACCAUUGUGGACCACCACGCCGUGGCAGAGUCCUUCAUGAAGCACCUGGAGAAUGAGCAGAGGAUGCGUGGGGGCUGCCCAGGGGACUGGGUCUGGCUGGUGCCCCCCAUCUCUGGCAGCCUCACGCCCAUCUUCCACCAAGAGUUGCUGAACUACCAGCUGACCCCUUGCUUCCGGUACCAGACUGACCCCUGGAAGUCCUACAUCCCCAAGGGCACCACCGUCACCCGACGGAAGACCUUCAGGGAGAUCGCCAAUGCAGUCAAGAUCUCAGCGAAGCUGAUGGGCCACGUGAUGGCGCGGCGGGUCAAGGCCACCAUCCUGUAUGCCUCUGAGACAGGGAAAUCCCAGGCCUACGCCAUGAACCUCCAGCAGCUGUUCAAGUGUACCUUUGCUCCCCAGGUGCUCUGCAUGAGUGACUAUGACGUGGUGUCCCUGGAGCACGAGACCCUCGUGCUGGUGGUGACCAGCACCUUCGGCAACGGGGACCCCCCCGAGAAUGGAGAGGGCUUUGCCAAGGCCUUGAUGGAAAUGUCAUGUCCUUAUCUGGAAGCGACCGAGCCAGAGAUGCAAAAGAGCUACAAGAUGCGCUUCAACAGCAUCUCCCAAUCUGACCCUUCUGUGGCGCUCUGGAGGAAGAAGCGCCGGGAGUCCAGCAACACCGACAGCGCUGGAUCCCUUGGAACCCUUCGGUUCUCCGUCUUUGGGCUGGGCUCCCGCGCUUACCUCCACUUCUGUGCCUUUGCCCACGCGGUGGACACUCGCCUGGAGGAGCUGGGGGGCGAGCGGAUCUUCCCCAUGGGGGAGGGGGACGAGCUGUGUGGCCAGGAGGAGUCCUUCUGCACCUGGGCUAAGGGCGUCUUCCAGGCGGCCUGCGAGACCUUCUGCGUGGAGUCUCAAGCCGAGACGGCAGCCUCCGAAGUCUUCACCCACCGCCGCACCUGGAAGCGCAACCGCCACCGCCUCCUGCCCCACCCGGGCUCCCUGGACCUCCUGGCAGGUCUGACCCACGUGCACAAGCGCAAGAUUUUCCCCUGCCACCUCCUCUCGGUCAAGAACCUGCAGAGCCCGGAAUCCAGCCGAUCCACCAUCCUUGUGCAGCUGCAAACAGAGGACCAGCCGGAGAUGCGCUACCAACCAGGCGACCACGUGGGCAUUUUCCCUGCCAACAGCAGGGAGCUGGUAGAGGACCUCCUGGCACGGGUUGAGGACCCACCGCCCACAGAGGAGGCCAUGGCUGUCGAGACCUUAGAGGCUGGCACAGAGGGUGUGAAGCGCCUUUGGGUGCCCGUCCAGCGCCUGCCCCCCUGCACCCUGCGCCAGGCCCUGACCUUCUUCCUGGACAUCACAACCCCGCCAAGCCCCCAGCUGCUGCAGAUCCUGGCCACACUGGCAGAGGACCCAGGAGAGAGGGACAAACUCCAGCGCCUCGGCCAGGACUCCCUUCUUUACGAGGAGUGGAAGUGGUUCCGCUGCCCGACGAUGGUGGAGGUGCUGGAGGAGUUCCCCUCGGUCCCCCUGCCGGCUUCGCUCCUCCUCACUCAGUUGCCGCUGCUCCAGGCCCGUUACUACUCCAUGAGCUCCUCCCCGGACGCCCACCCGGGCCAGAUCCACCUCACGGUCGCUGUGCUCAACUACCACAGCCAAGACGGAAAGGGGCCGCUGCACCACGGGGUCUGCUCCUCAUGGCUCGCUGGACUGGCACCAGGAGAGAUGGUGCCCGCUUUCAUCCGAAGCGCCCCAAGCUUCCACCUGCCCCAGGACCCCACGGCCCCCUGCAUCCUGGUGGGGCCUGGAACCGGCAUUGCCCCCUUCCGGAGCUUCUGGCAACAGCGGCUGCAUGACAUCGAGGUCAAAGGCCUCCCACCCGGCGAGAUGACGCUGGUCUUCGGCUGCCGGAGUUCCUGCCACGACCACAUCUACAAGGAGGAGAUCCAGCAGGCCCAAAGCAAGGGGGCCCUGAGCCAGGUCCUCACGGGCUUCUCCCGCGACCCAGACUAUCCCAAGACCUACGUCCAGGACCUGCUGAGGAUGCAGUUGGACAGCUAUGUCUCGGAGGUGCUGCUCCGGCGCGCCGGCCACAUGUACGUCUGCGGCGACGUCACCAUGGCCACUGGGGUCAUGCAGACCGUCCAGCAGAUCCUGGCCAAGGGUGGGCAGAUGACCCUGACCGAGGCAGGGGACAAGAUCAGCGAGCUCCGGGACCAGAACCGUUACCACGAGGACCUCUUUGGCCUGACCUUCCGCACCCAGGAGGUGGCCUCGCGCAUCCGAAGCCAGUCCUUCACCUGCCAGAGGAGGAUGCUGCUCCCAGAGCCCUGAGCCCCGGCUGUACACACCUCAGACCCUCUUCUCCGGGCGGGCGGGCGG